AUGGCACAUCUCUCCCACUGCUCAAAGGCGCAGCUGGCGACCCGCUGCCUCUUCGCUGCAGUCCUGUUGGUCGCCCAGCACGUUUCUGCGGGAAGGACCCGGGGCCUCUCACGCGCGACGGCCCAGACUUCGAAAGCGGCCGCGGGUGCUGGCGCGGCCGCGAGCACGACGGCCGGGCGGACUGUGGUGAACGGUGUGGCACUGACGAGCCAGCAGAUAGCGGUGCUCAAAAACGCGGGCAUUAACGUCCAACCGGGCAACUUCUGGUACGAUUCUCUGAGCGGCGCUUACGGCAGCGUCGGGGGACCAACCCGGGGACUUCUCCAACCGGGACUGCCUUUUGGCGGAACUCUCUCCGCCGACGCUUCCAACGGCAACACCGGCGUCUUCGUCAACGGUCGGCAGCUUCCCUCGGUGGAUCUUACCGCCCUCGAGGCGGCGGGAUUCCCGGGCACUAUCGGCUACUGGUGGAUGGAUUCCCUGGGCCGGUACGGUACCGCGGAUAGUACCGUUGUGCUGGGACAGCUGUCGGCCCCAGGGAACAGAACCGGGGCAAGUACGACAACCAGCGGGACAGGGACGGACACGAGUCCUUAUGGCGGCUACAACUGGGGCUCCGACGUCUCGGGUGCGUAUGGCGGGGGGGAUACCCAGGGGGAUUGGUACGUCUCGGUGGAUGGUACCGAUAUUACCAACUUCUGA